AUGGCCGCGGAGGGCAUGGAGUCGCCUCCAAAGGCGAGCGCCGCCCGACACCGGCCCAUUUUCUCGACUCGCACGGCCGCCGAAGACGUGUCGAGGCUGGCCCCGAGUGACUCGGUCGCCCUGUCGCCCGAGGACAGCAAUCGUCGUUUCCAUCUGCAUGUCUCUGCCGCUGCAAACCCGUACCAGCCUUUGACCUCGGCCUCCCGACCGUCUCCACGGCGCCAUGCCCGUACCCGGAAUCUGCUCGACAGCCUGGCCCAAUGGUGGUAUGGCCCGGCUCAUCACGACGAGGAGAGAGACCUGCGAGGGAGACCGCUGGAGCGCGAUCAUACGGAGGAUACAGACCCCAAGAAAGAGCGCAAUCGGCAUAGGCCUCGCACAAAUGCAACGGGACCGUCGGAGAAGCUGGGGACAUUCUCCGGGGUCUUUGUACCCACGACGCUCAAUGUCCUGAGCAUCCUGAUGUUCCUCCGGUUUGGGUUCAUUCUGGGACAGGGUGGCGUGCUGGGCAUGAUGGGCAUGCUGAUCGGCGCGUACAUCAUCAACCUUUUGACAACCAUGUCCAUCUCUGCCAUUGCGACAAACGGGACGGUGCGUGGUGGAGGUGCCUACUAUUUGAUAUCUCGCUCUCUGGGACCCGAGUUUGGCGGCUCCAUCGGCGUCGUGUUUUAUAUGGGAUUCGUUUUCAACACGGGCAUGAAUGCUCUUGGUCUGGUCGACUGCUUCAUUGAGAAUUUUGGAACCGAUUCGGGAUCCUGGUUCCAGUUCCUGCCAGAAGGAUUUUGGUGGCAGUAUGUCUGGGGCACGAUUGUUCUGGUCCUGUGCACGGCCAUCUGCCUGGCGGGCAGCUCCAUCUUCGCCAGGGCCAGCAAUGGGCUGCUUGCGAUUCUCCUCAUGGCCACAUUCAGCAUUCCCUUCUCUGCCAUUUUCAUGCAGCCUUUCCGGGACCCCCAGCUGGGUGUAGAAUUUACCGGCUUGAAGCUGCGGACGUUCCUUGAAAAUCUCAAACCGCGUCUCACCAAGGGCGCUGCGGGGAGCCAAAUUCGGGGCAGGGCGAAUUUCCAAGACUUGUUUGGGAUCCUAUUCCCCGCUACGGGAGGCAUCUUUGCCGGCGCGAGCAUGUCCGGCGAUCUGAAGAAUCCCAGCAAAUCGAUUCCCAAAGGGACGCUGGCCGGAUUGGGUCUCACUUUCUUUACAUACACCGUCGUCAUUCUCUCCAUGGCGGCUUCAAUCACCAGGCAGUCUUUUUACAACAACGUCAACGUCAUCCAGAUUACAAACAUCUCAGGAAUUGUCGUGCUGCUCGGGGAAUUUGCGUCCUGCUUUUUCUCUUCCUUGAUGGGAGUGAUCGGGUCUGCAAAGCUUCUCCAGGCAAUCGCCCGGGACAACCUGAUCCCUGGGCUGUCCAUCUUCAGCGAGGGUAACAAGAAAACCGGCGAGCCCACCUACGCGAUCAUUUUCACCUUUGUCGUCACACAGGUGACGAUGCUGUUUGACAUCAACCGAAUCGCUUCCUUCAUCACCAUGACCUACCUGAUGACCUUUCUAGCCACCAAUCUCGCCUGUUUCCUGCUGAAGAUUGGCUCCGCACCCAAUUUCCGACCUUCAUUUCACUAUUUCAACUGGCAGACGGCUGCGGCUGGUGCGCUCAUUAGCGGUGCCAGCAUGUUCUUUGUGGAUGGAAUCUACGCCACGGGCUGUGUUGUUAUUCUGGUCGUUUUGUUCUUGCUGAUACACUACACGUCGCCGCCCAAGUCGUGGGGGGACGUCAGUCAGAGCCUGAUAUAUCACCAGGUGAGGAAGUACUUGUUACGGCUGCGGCAGGAACAUGUCAAGUUUUGGCGACCUCAGAUCCUUCUUUUCGUGCACGACCUGGAGACGCAGUACAAGAUGAUUUAUUUCUGCAAUUCGCUGAAGAAAGGGGCCUUGUUCGUGUUGGGUCAUGUCAUCGUGACCGAUGAUUUCUCCAGCGCGGUCCCAGAGGCGCGCCGUCAGCAGACCGCAUGGGCGAAAUUUAUCGAAUACUCCAAGGUCAAGGCAUUUACUAAUAUCUCAGUGGCUCCCACGGCAGAAUGGGGGGUUCGCAAUACCGUUUUGAACUCAGGUCUAGGCGGGAUGAGGCCGAAUAUUGUGGUGAUUGACCAGUUUCGCCGGGAGCAGGGCCUUGUGGAGAUCUUUCAUCCGCCGUCACGCAGGCGACACUCCAAAUCCAGAAGCAUCUCGCUCAGUCGAAGAGACUUGGGGGAUGAUUUCUCGGAAGCAGGGAUCCCGAAUGGCGCAAUGAGUGCGCAGAGCUACUUGACCAUCCUCGAGGACCUGUUGUUCAAGCUUCGAAUCAACGUGGCUGUUGCUCGAGGGUUUGAAAACUUGGAACUGCCAGACUCGAAAGGACGGAACACGAAGAGAUUUAUCGACCUGUGGCCCAUUCAGAUGUCGGCCGAGCUUGCCACAGACAGCGAGAGCAAGCAAAAUGUCCUGACGACCAACUUCGACACGUACACCCUGAUCUUGCAGCUGGGCUGCAUUCUCCACACGGUGCCGUCGUGGAAGAAGACGUACAAGUUGCGAGUGGUCGUCUUUGUAGAGUAUGAGACUGAUGUGGAGGAGGAGCGCGGACGGGUCGAGACGCUCUUGGAGAAAUUGCGCAUCGAGGCGGAAGUGCUCGUCUUUGCCCUCGCCAGCAGUGACCUGCAGACAUUUAAGGUCAUUGUCAAUGGCGACACGUCGUCUGUAACUGCAGAGGGCCUGGAGAAGGUCAAUUCGGUAUUGAAAGAGGAGAGCUGGUGGCAGGACAUUCAGACAUUCCGGGAGAGCUUUCAAGACCCGCAACGUCAGGGGCAGACGAGCAAGGCUGCAAAGCUCCUGGGGGCGAUGCCCUACUGGCCGGCAGCCUCAUUCCAGCAAGGCGGACAGAGACCUGCUGGACAGCAACGCUUCGAGGGGCUGAAGAAACUGGUGCAAUCCGCCAAGCAGCAGCGCAGACGAUCCAUCUCCAGCUUCCGGGGCAUGAAUGUGAAUCUGGGCAUGCAGACCCAUCGGCUGCUGGACUCGUUCGUCGACUACCACUCUGACACUAGCGAGGACUCGUCCAGCACGGAGGACGCCGAGUUUGAGCCGUACGCGAGCGAUGCAGAGGGUGACGAGACUGACGACGACGGUGGAAACACGCCCCGAACAGGGACGGUGUCUCCAUCCCCGAGCCGGCCUCGAUCAAGGCUGAGACGGUCUCAAAGCGCUCAUUUGUUGCGGAGUGAACAAGAAGAGACGACUGUCUCCGACAUGGCUUCUCAGGAACCAGGUCCUACUGAAAACGUUCCUACCAUUACAGCACCAGGAGAGACAGCAGACACACCACCAGUCCCGCCACGGCCCCCAAUCCUUCGAACAGCAUCCGGCAAUCGAUUCACGUCGUCUCCCAUCCCCAAAGCGCGAGUCAACCCUACCGAAGGGACAGGCCCAUCGAUCAUGUUCUCCGACUCGCCCGUCGCCAGUCAUCCUCCACAUGCAGACUUCCCCUCGACAUCCUCUCCUCAGCGGGAAUCCAUCUACACGCGGCAUACGCCCUCGGCGACAGGCUUCCCCGCGCAAGCCGCCAUGCCGCUGUCCUUCAACGACCUCCCCUGCCGGGCGCAGCACCUGAUCCUGAACGAGCUGAUGAUCCGUCAGAGCGGCGAGACGGCCGUCAUGUUCACGACGCUCCCGUCGCCGAUCGAGGGGACCUGCGCGGACGAGGCGGGCAGCGAGGCGUACGUCAGCGACAUGGAGGUGCUCUGUCGGGACCUACCGCCUUGUCUGCUGGUGCAUAGUAACAGUAUGACUGUGACGAUGAAUUUGUAA